UUGACGGGGUAGUUCGCAAAGCAGAAUUUCUUUAACAUUUUGUUUAAAAGGAAGACAAAAUAUGUUUUUAUUUAAAUAUUCUGCUGUAUUGCUUACAGCAUGUUUGCUAUUACUGAACAAUGUAAAUCAAACUGAGGGUGAUCUUUUUGGAGAUAUGAUAACUGGUGGAUUGCCAAUAUUGGCUUCAAUUGCUGGUGUGGCUCUAACAGGACCUAUUGCCCCAAUCGUAGUUGGUUCAUUACUGACCAUAGGACUUGCGGCCAAAAUGAUGCAGGAAAGUGAUAAAGAAGAAGAACCAUCGCCUCUGUCCAAAAAAGAUUUCUUGCAGGAAAAUGCAAAAAUUACUGAAUCACUUUCAAACAUAAAAUCCCAAAUGGCACAAAUGGGUGCACAAUUGACAGACACCAUGGAAACACACGAAUUGUUCGAAGACAUGCGUAAUGCACUCGAUACUCUAUGCGAAACAGUCACUGAUAAUUACGAAACGAUCAUGGAUCCAAACGUCAAGGGAAUAGCGAAACAAUCAAGUUUGCGUGCAAUGCUUGAGUAUUUCAGUGUGUUUAGACAAACUUUGAAGUCAUUUGUGACCAAAUACAUUAAACCCAAGGGAAUGGUAUCGGCAGCAGGAGCUGUUAACUUGUUCUUUGAUUACAUAUUGAGAAGGGAUCGGGUUGCUUUCGAAAAUGGAGAUGAUUGCUAUUAUGAACCAGUGCACACAAAACUUUUCAAAUCAUACACUUACAUUCUAAAGGCUCUGACCGAUGCGUACGUAAUGGUUAUAUCCGCUCACACAGUUCAGUAUCAAAAUGAAUUAAGGGACAAAAAAGAAAGCGAGGCCUAUGAAACAAAAAAACUUUCCGUAAAAAUACUUAACCAAUACAAGACUGACAUGAAAGCAUUGAUGGAAAAAACAAAAUGGGCUAUGGAUCAGUCAACUCGGGAUGUUCGAAACUGUGGAACUUUUGAAUUUUUGAAAAAAGGAGACACUUUUGAUACUUUAUCAUACAAGAACAAAAUAAUCGGUGUUUCUACUAAAGUUGUCAGUGUUGAGGAGGAAGGAAAUGUCAUCACUGGGGCACGAUUCAUAGUAAAAGACAACAUUCUUCACGUUCAAAUCAAAGAAGCUCCAUUUGUAGAUGAAAUGAACGUAGACAACGAUUAUCACUAUUGGACAGAGCAACCAUUAACAUCAGAUGAAGUUUUAUAUUUCGAUUCCAAAAUUAAGAGUUUCGAACUUGGUGAUUUUGAACUGCCACAAAAUGAAUACGUAAAAUCUAUUCAGUUUAAGGUGAAACACGAAGAUGAAGGACUUAUUGGCUUAUAUAUUAACGGAAAAACAGCUGAACGAAUUGGGAAGCAAUGGUAUCCAGGUGCUAAAUCGAGUGAAAUUAAAAUAUCAGGAAGUGAAAGUCCUGAAAAGUUUGCUGAUGUCAAAAAUCUAGUUUCGAAAGCUCCUGCCCCAAAUAGACCUUAUCAUGUUACUUUCCAACCAAUGAACUCAAAUAAGGAUAUUGCCAUUCCAUUUGUUGAUGUCAGAAAUGUUUAUACCUACCCAGGAUCACCUCUUCAAGGACUCGGUUUGUACCAUCAUACUGUUAAGGGUUCCGGUGGAUUCCUAGCGUUGAGACUUAGGGUACCCAACAUGUCUCCAUAUGUCGAUUACAAUGUUAUUGAAAAGGUUAUCGAUGCAGUAGUAAAGCUUUAAUUCAAUAUUAUAUGUAGUGGGUUUGUUAAUUGUUUAUACCCAUACAUAUGUUAUGUAUGUUUUAAAGUUUCUACCAAUAAUAUAUUUGUGUAUCAAAGAUUAUCAAGUCAAUGUUUUUGUAUGCCAAAUCUGAGAUAUAGCUAAUUAAAUGAUGAGUUAAACGGAUUGUUUUAAGUGGAGUAAAAAAUAUUAAGAACAA